AUGGAGGAUAUAUUCAACAUCAAACAAAGGAGGGAUGAAACUCUACGAAAAUUUGUUCAUCACUUCCAAAAACACCGCAACACCUUGCCGCAAAUUGAAGACAAAUGGGCUGGGAUUGCAUUCCGACAUGCAUUACAUCUCGAUGGAAAACCGGUAAUAAAGGAUCUCGCCAAACACUUAGUUGAAUAUCCGGCGAAAAUAUGGGAUGAUAUAUAUUAUCAAUACUGUUCAAAAAUUCGGAUAGAACAGGAUAUCAUCAGUCCGAUCAUGAGGAAAUCAUUAUCAACAACUAAGGAUACAUCAAAUGGAAGCUAUUCCAGAAAAAGCGACGGAGGUCAAAUGUAUAGAAGCGAAUGUUAUGAUCCAUAUUAUUCACGAGGAACUCAUGAAGGUACACGAAGAAAUAAUCAAUAUUGGUGCAAAUCAUCACCAGCAGCAGGGACUUGCCGAAGAUAUUACAACACCGGAGCUCCAAAACUCACAGAUCAUAAUUUUUGUGUUUCGACAUCAGAGGUAGUUGCAGCGUUGGACAAAUUGGGUAAUAGGGUCAAAUGGCCUGGAAAAAUGAAAUCAGAUCCAAGUAAAAGAAAUCCAGAACAUUUCUGUGAAUUUCACAAAGGACAUGGUCACAAAAUCGAGGAUUGUCAUGCAUUGCGAUUGGCAGUCGCCGAACUCUUAGAACAAAGGCAUUUGACGAAGUUGCUUUCGGAGAAAGUUAAACAAGCAUAUUAUCAGAACAGGGAUCAAGAAGCACCGCCACAACUUCCCGAGCCAAAGCGAGUAGUUAAUUUUAUUACAGGUGGUAUAGAUGUCAACAUCACAGGAGGGUUGGACGUCAACAAAGUCACUUACACUUCAGGCGUGAAGUUCAAAAGAGUAACAACCAGAAGUGAAAAAAGGGAUAGGCUGACUCUCGUCGAGGAUUGUAUCACCUUCGAUGAAGCCGACGUCGAUAAUAUGCAAUUUCCACAUAAUGAUGGGUUAGUAAUUACUUUGCGCAUCUUAGAUACUAAUAUUAAGCGUUUUUUUGUUGAUCAGGGAAGUACUGCCAACAUCAUAAACAUCAGGGUCAUAGAGGAGAUGAAAUUGACGAGCAAAAUAAUCCAUAAAUCCAUCAUGCUUACUGGGUUCAAUAAUUCAAUAGAAACAACUCCGGGUGAAGUCAUUUUACCAGUAGUAGCAGGUGGAAUAGAGCUACAAACUAUUUUUUCAAUCAUGUCCUCUGCAAUGGCUUACAACAUGAUAGUUGGACGUCCCUGGAUUCACGCCAUGAAAGCAGUGCCAUCAACAUAUCACUAA